UCUCUCCUUCGUUCAUUUUUGUUACUGAGGUGGUAUUUAGCCCAAAGCCUUUUGCUUCAGUUCAUUCCUACUGAAAUUGACAAAAAAUGAUGCAGUCAACAAGGGUAGCUUAAGCCAUGGUUUACCCUGGUAUCUAUUUUAGCUCGAGCACAGUGCCUUUUCCCUUUUUGGAAACGUAACCCAAAACACCACACAUUCAAUAUGAAGGACACUACCUUGGAUCAAAAUGAAGUUGCACUCACUGAGCGUCUCUUGCAAAUUGCCAAAAUGGAAUUGCGUGAAGAUAAGUGCACACGCGAUCAAUGCUUGGAGCAAUUCCGCAAUUGGUUGGCCAAAAAUGAGGAUGUACAAAAUGUGCGCAUCGAUGAUAAUUUUCUGCUGCGUUUCUUAAGAGCCAAAAAAUUCAGUGUACCCAUGGCUGAACAGACCUUGCUGAAGUUUUUAAAUCUUCGCCGCAGCUUUCCACACCUGAGCACCAAUUUGGAUAUUUUGGAUGCCAGUUUAAAUGAUGUCAUAACUAGCGGUUACAUCUUUGCCUCCCCCAAGCGAGAUCGCAAUGGACGUCGUGUGGUUAUUAUCAAUGCUCAUCACUUUAAUGCUAAGCAAUAUACGGCAGUGGAACAAGCCAAAGCUCACUUCUUGACCUAUGAGUGUCUCAUGGAAGAUCCCCAUACUCAGGUUACCGGCAUUGUGCACAUUGGCGAUUGCUCGGGUGUAACCGCUGCCCAUGUUACCAAUUGGAAUCCCACCGAAUUUGCUCGAGUCUUCAGAUGGGGCGAACAAUCGUUACCCCUCAGACACAAACAGAUCCAUUUGAUCAAUGUUCCCUCAACGCUUAAGUGGGCCCUGGACUUUCUCAAGAAUCGUGUCAAUCCCAAAAUUGGCAGUCGCAUAAAUGUCUUCACCAAUCAUAAGGAAAUGCAAAAAACCAUUGACAACGAAUGCCUGCCCUUGGAAAUGGGUGGAACCAUGCCCCAAAAGGAAAUGAUUGAGCUGUGGAUGCAGGAACUACAGAAGAAGCGCGAUCUUAUCGUGCGUCUGGAUGAAAUGAGACUUAUUACUGAUCGUGGCAUUCAACGCCGUAGUUCGUAUAAUAACGAGAAGUCCAGCCAGCAGCCAACAUUUGUCUCCCAAAUUGAAUCGAUAGAAGGAAGUUUUCGUAAAUUGGAAUUCGAUUGAAUAUACACACAAAUUUUUAAUAGUUUUUGAAAUUUACACUAUUUAGUUUUUAAGAUUUAUCUAUUUUUAUUUUUUUAUUUAAGAUAUUACAACAACAACAACAAAACAAAGAAUCAUAGAAAUAGUAUCCUAAUUGUUCAUCCUUUUGUAUUA